AUGCCGUUUGCUUCUCCAUUUCCGCUCUUAGAUUUGCCAAAGGUCGAUAUCCUGACUUAUCUAUUUCCUCCUGGCCAACAAGUUUCAACAAAACCUCUAUGGAUAGACUCAAGAGAUACUAGCCUGUCAUUAUCACCUGCCCAGUUACUACAAUGGGUCAAGAGGCUCUCUUAUGGGUUGGGAAGAACCGGAUUAAAGAAGGGCGAUGUGGUGAUGAUAUACACGCCAAAUCAUAUUUUUGUACCCGUUGCAUAUUUGGGAAUUGUUGGGGCAGGUUAUGCUUUCAGUGGAGCGAAUCCAAUUUACACCUUGCCAGGCAAGUUCAGAUUCCCCGAAAUGGUACACCAGAUCAAGAACACGGAGACUCAGAUAAUUUUGGCGCAUCCGACAAUGGUCAAGACGGCCGUGGCAGCGGCUGAAAAGGCAGGCUUAGCUAAAAGGCGUAUCUAUCAAUUCUCGGAUACAGAAUGCGAGACUCUGGAUGGAGUGAAAGAUUGGAGAGCGAUGAUUGGAAGUCUCUCACAAGGAGAUGAGUACUCCUGGCCCAAACUUAGCCCCGACGAAGCUGUCAAUACAGUCGCGACAAUUAACUACUCAUCUGGGACCACGGGUCUCCCAAAAGGUGUCUGUGUCAGUCAUUACAACCUCAUUGCCAAUAUCGAACAAACAAUCUUCAUUCGAGACCACAAAAAGCCAUAUACUAGAGAAACUCGGCCACCUGAGCGUUGGAUUGGUUUUCUCCCACUGUAUCAUGCUUAUGGACAGCUUUACACAAUUCUGAUGGCAAUUAAGUUGCAGGUUCCUGUAUACGUCAUGAAGCAAUUUGUCUAUGGCGAGUUUUUACAAGCAAUCCAAGACUUUAAGAUCACGCAUCUACAGAUUGCCCCGCCAAUCCUGGUCAUGUUGAGCAAACGCCCCGAGACGGCAAAAUACGAUCUUAGUAGUGUAACAGAUGUACUUUGCGGAGCCGCACCGUUAUCGAAAGAAUUGCAAAACGACUGUUCAAGACGAUUCAAGAUGCAGAUCAACCAGGGCUGGGGAAUGACCGAGGUCACAUGUGGAGCGAUUCAUGUUCCAGGAGGCGUCAAUGAUGAUUCCGGAAGUGUUGGACAGCUGGACCCGAACACAGAAUGUAUGCUUCUGGACGAUGACGGAAAGGAGGUGGCUACUGGGGAACCUGGCGAGAUGUACAUUCGAGGUCCCCAAGUCUGCCUUCGGUACUGGAAAAAUGAUGUCGCCACCAAAGAGUCAAUAAGUGAAGAUAAAUGGUUACGGACGGGAGAUGUAGCGGUUUGUGAUGAUAGAGGGUAUUUUUGGAUUGUUGACCGUAAGAAGGAACUUAUCAAAGUAAACGCACUGCAAGUUGCGCCCGCAGAGCUGGAAGCGGUCUUGCUCGAGCACGAGCAUAUUGCCGACGCCGCAGUUGUCGGCAUAACAUUACACAACGAGGAGUGGCCAAGAGCCUAUGUCGCCAUUCAGGAAGCUUCCAAAGGCAAAGUUACUCCUGGAGAUAUUGAAGAGUGGAUAAAAUCUAGGGUUGCAAAGCACAAACAUCUUGUAGGAGGUGUUACUUUUGUUGAUGAGGUUCCAAAGUUGGCAAGUGGGAAGAUUCAGAGGAAGACGAUGAGGGAAUGGUCAAAAGCUGAUGCGAAGGUCUUGGAACAACAAAGUAAAGCUAGAUUCUAG